AAGAGAGAGAGAGAGAGCAUGAGAAGAAGAGAGGUAGACGGAGAUGUAUAUUCUCAGUCCCUCAGCCAGAGGCAGAGAGCUUGGUCAUACCAGAAUAGCACAGGACGGUCCUGGUCCGAAGUGUCUUUCGGAGCGUGGGCCAGGCAGCAUGUCGGAUUCUGAACCCAGAGUGAACUCCAAAAAAGCCGGCAUUCGGGCUGCUGUCAUUCUGAUCGGACUACUGCACAAGUCCAGACGACAGAAGGAGAAAGAGAGGGAGAAGGAGCGGAAACAAGAGCUGCUGACCAUCUCCAGUGUGCCUCUGGGAGAAUGUCCACCCUCACCUCCCCGCACUGCACCACCCACCAUGAAGUCGGCAGAGUUCUUCGACAUGCUGGAAAGGAUGCAGAUUCCCAAAACUGAGGAGACUAAGAGAUAUAAGGAUGACUACAUCCCUUACCCCCGGAUUGAGGAUGUCCUGGAGAAGGGUGGUCCCUACCCUCAGGUCAUUUUACCUCAGUUUGGUGGAUACUGGAUUGAGGAUCCCGAGGCUCCAGUCGGGACGCCCACGUCCUCAGACAGCAGCUUCUGUGAGGAGGAUGAUGAUGGUCUGAGUCCUGGUGGAGGAGGAGGCUUCGGCUUCAGGCUGGAGUGUAACAGCACCUCACGCGCUUACCGCAAACACUUUCUGGGCAAGGAGCACAUGAACUAUUACUGCACAGCCAGUAGUAUGGGACACCUCAUAAUGUCUCUGAAGUAUGAAGAGGCAGACGGACAGGAGUCACUCCGCAUCAUGCUCAGGUCAAAAACAAAGACUCUUCAUGAGCGAAUCCCACUUGAAGGUCUUCUCCAGCUUCCAAGCGUACCACAGAUAGCCAAGCUGCUCUGCGAUGAUGUCACGGGUCUAAAGUUCAACCCCGUCCUCUACCCUAGGGCCUCGCAACUGAUCGUCAGUUUUGAUGAGCACGAAGUGAACAACACUUUCAAGUUUGGAGUCAUCUAUCAGAAGUUUGGUCAGACAUCUGAGGAAGAGCUGUUCGGCAACAAUGAGGAGACGCCUGCCUUUGCUGAAUUCCUCAGUGUUUUAGGAGACAAUAUUGAACUGCAGGAUUUUAAAGGGUUCAGAGGCGGUCUGGACGUGUCUCAUGGACAGACAGGAUCUGAGUCCGUCUAUACUACGUUCCGUCAGAGAGAAAUCAUGUUUCACGUUUCCACAAAACUCCCCUUUACAGAAGGAGACAUUCAGCAGCUCCAGAGGAAGAGACAUAUUGGCAAUGACAUUGUCGCAGCUGUCUUCCAGGAAGAGCCCACACCAUUCGUACCUGAUAUGAUCGCUUCCAACUUCCUUCAUGCCUACGUAUUAGUGCAGGCAGAAAACCCCUGCACUGAUCAUACCACGUACAAGGUGUCCGUCACAGCACGAGAGGAUGUUCCUCCGUUCGGCCCCCCUCUUCCAAACCCUUCAGUCUUUAAGAAGGGUCCUGAGUUCCGGGAAUUUCUCCUGGCAAAAUUGAUCAAUGCAGAAAAUGCAUGCUACAAGUCAGACAAGUUCGCCAAGCUAGAGGAGAGGACACGGGCAGCACUGUUAGAUAACCUUCACGAUGAACUUCACAGACAGACACAGGCCACAGUAGGAUUGGGCUCAGCUUCAGAUGAAGAAAAGCUAGAAAAUGGAGGUCAUGGUGGGCUGCUGGAGUCCUUUAAGAGGGCCAUGCGUGUGAGGAGCCACUCCAUGGAGACAAUGGUGACCCAUAAACACAAGAGUCCAGGAGCCGUGGCAGGAGUCCCGUCCAGCGUCAGCGGUGGAGGACUCCCGCAAAACAGCAUGGAGUGUACCAAGAGCACCUUCACUCCUCCAGUGCUGUCUGCAAAGUCUCCAUUAAAGAGUCCUGUUAAGCGGCGCUCUGGUUUGUUCCCCAGACUGCACUCCAGCACAGAAAGUCCAACUGAGAAACAUCCAACUCGCAGCAGUGACCAAAAAACAGAAGUGUUCCCACACUCACAGGAAGUGAGGUCAGAGACACUGUCCAAUCCGAGUUCACCAGAGAUCUGCCCAAACAAAGAAAGGCCAUUCGUGAAGCUAAAAGAGUGUAGCGGCAGAGCUAAUAUCUCUAUCUCCCGAUCCUCCUCCAGCACCAGCAGCUUCAGUAGCACAGCGGGGGAUGGAGAUGGACUGGAGGAGCUGGAAAUGAGCAGUCACCCAUCCACGGCUUCAACUGUGUUCAGUCCGUCUCUCAGUGUGGAAAGCCAGAACUCUGGAACGCCGCUGAUCAUGUGCCGCAGUCCCACAGAUGGGAAGAGCAAAACUUCACCAAGGUCAAACUUGAAAUUCCGCUUCGACAAACUGAGCCACUCCACAGGUCAUUAGGUCAGACAGAAGGCACUGCAUGGACAAAAGGCAGUGACUAUGAAUGAAGAAAAAGGGACCAUUUUCUCUAGCCAAUGCAACAGUUAUUACUGUUCAACAUAUAACACAACUGAACACUAGUUAAGAGCUGAUCCUUCAAUCUCUCAUGAAAAGGGUUUAGAGGACACCAGUCUUAGUAGAAAAAGCAACAAAUGUCUCUGUUUUUCCAACAUUUUAAAUAUAGUGCUCAAACAAGUGUUGAAAACUGUCCUUGCCUUGCUGCAAUUGCUUUCUAGCCAGAUGCUCAAUGUUAACACAGCCACUUGAAAUACUUGAACAGUACAGUCAUUAAAUGUUCGAAGAGAGAAGGACUACAAAACUGCAUUAUAAGCACCUGUACAGCCACUAUGCUCCGUCUGUUGCAGAGAUUACGGGUCAUUUUGUGUCUUGUAACACAUCGCCCAUCAGUGUAAGCCUUAAAAUACUGUACACUUUAGAGAACUAGCUCUGUUGAGAAAUGAGUUAGUUCUGUUAUUUUCGAGUGACGUGAGAAGAGGGCAAACUCUUUCCUGAGGGUAACGAAAGAGAAAGAUUUACCAGGGUUUAUUUGUGGUACAAAGGAAAGUUUUUAACAAAAAAAACAUGGCAUUGCAUGGAUGACUAAGACACAUUUUAUUAUAUUUUUUAAAGCAAAAAUCUAUUCAGUGUACAUUUAGUUCUCAGAAUAAAGACUUUACAGUAAAUUUGUUGGCAGCUACUGCUAACUUUAUUGAACAGGUACAUUAGCACAAUUGAAUUAAAAAAUAUAUUGCUUUCCAAAUAUUAUAUAUAUAUAUAUAUAUAUAUAUAUAUAUAUAAUUAUUCACUUUAAGUUUAUUUUGAGCUCUCAAGCACACUUAAAGCAGAGAGGUUCUUUUUACAUUCAGACUUGUGGAUGUACAAAAAUUAAUUUCCAUUUUUGUAAAUGCACCAUUAUUCAACCAAGGCUGGCAGAAUCAUUUUUUGAAGGAUUUUUUUUUUUUAAUUAUGUGUUAUUUAUUUACAAAUGUGUCUCUCCUCAUUCCUCAUGAAUCAGUUGUUAGUUUUCAGCGGUACGUAUUGGUGAGGGUAUUCGACUGCAGAGAGCGAGUUAAAAAUUCUUGUACAAUAUUGAGAACUUUCACAUAAAAUGUGUUGGCAUAUAUGUUUGUACUGCCAUAAUUUAUUGCUUUUAAAAGUUGUUGAUGUUACGUAAAAAAAAAUUACAGAGUCAAAAUAAUUUAAAAGAUAAUUUAACAGAUUAUGUAUAUGUAUAUUUGGUUAUGGCAUGUGCCAUUAAGAAUUUAUUAUAAAAUAAAAUGUAUUUUGUGUCAAA